AGUACGGAGAGGGCAUUGACUGUGAUUUAGGGUUCUUGGCGGGGGAGGAGAGGUAGGCACUGGCAAUGGCAAUGGCGCUGGCUCUGGCGCUGGCUCUGGCGCUCGCGGCGCUGCUACUGGCGUCGAUUCGAUCGGCCGAUGCGCUCUCCAUGACGGUGUACAGGACCGAGUGCGUCCAGGAGCACGUCGAGUAUGCGAACGAUAUCGUCACGGGGAACUUCGUUGUGGUGGAUCACGAGAUCUUCUGGGCCUCGGAUCAUCCAGGGAUCGACUUUGUGGCCACUUCUCCGGCGGGAGUCAUUGUCUCUUCGAUCAGGGGGUCGGCUGGAGACAAGUUUUCCUUCACGGCUGCCAUGCCAGGGCUGUACAAGUUUUGCUUCCAUAACACUGCUCCGAGCCCCGAGACUGUGGAUUUCUAUAUCCACGUUGGUCACAUUCUAAACGAGCACAACCUCGCUAAAGACGAGCACCUCAAUCCCGUACACGUAAAGAUUUCGCAGUUGAAGGAGGCCCUGGAAUCACUUAUGGCAGAUCAGCACUACCUCAGAUCGCGAGUGGAGCGGCACCAUAACACGAACAGGAGCACUCAAAAGAGGCUCCUUUUCUACACUAUUGGCGAGUACCUGGCCCUGGCCGCAGCCAGCGUAACCCAGGUUCUCGUCCUAAAACACUUGUUCAAUAGGAAGAUUGGCUACACCAAACUGUGAGAUGUUAGAGAUAAUCGUGAAUAAGACAUAAGGUGAAACUUUGUGUC